AUGACAGUCCGAUAUGUGCCACCUUUGGAAAGCUCCGCGCUGGAUAGCCCCUCGCGGCAGAUUAUGCAAGAGCUCAUCCAGGGCCUGGAGAGCGUCAAGAUCUUCAAUGCUGACUUGAAGAAGGUUCAUGAAUAUGAGCGCACAGCCUACGAGAAUGAGCUCGACCGAAGAGACCGUGAAACGGAAGCUAUUCACAACGCUGCUCUCGAUGAGGCUGCGGCACAUCAUAAUCACAUUCGGGAAGAGGCCGAGGCUACUCUAAGGGCGCACGUUCGCGCCGAGGAAGAAGCGCAACGCCAGCGCGAAGAAACCGCUCGGAAGGAAAAAGAAAGGAUUGAGAAGGAAAAGGCUGAUAAAUUACGCCGCGAGCAGGAGGCAGCUGCGCGCGCUGAGGCCGAACGCCAAGCGAAGGAAAAGGCCAAGGCAGAGGAAGCACGCAAAGCCCAGGAGGCUGAAACCGCGCGCAAGGCUGCGAUUGAAGAAAAGCAGCGCAAAGACCGCGAGGCAGCUGAAGCUCACAAGCGCAAGGAGGAGCAAGAUGCUCAGAAAGCCAAGGAGGAGGCCGAGAAACAGGCUCGCAGUCAGCAGCAGCAAAAGCUCGGGGCUGGACGUCUCUCCAAAAAAGAACUCGCUAUUCAGCAGCGCUAUGUUGAGCUUCACAAGGUUCUCAAAGAGUUCCGUGCAUGGCUGGUUGGUGAGAGUAAAAAGAAUCCUGAGAUGAAGAAAUACGUCGGAGAUCUGCGUCGGACGAUCAGGAAGUCCGUUGGUCAACUUCGUGCCGGCAAGGGUGCUAACGCAACUCAGCUUGCUCAAAUCAAGUCCGAGCUUGAAAAGGCCGCUGCGAUCCCAGAACCCUCGGUUGAUGUUCAACGAUUCAUCGCCUUCCCACCCUCCGAGAUUGCGGGCUCAGAACAUAAGAUUUCCGCCAUGCUGCUCUACGCCUUGAAUAUCUACGCAAAGGCGUUGGUAGCUGCACUCAUCACCGAAGCAGCUCUUAAUCCAGCCCAUGCCGAACCUCUUGGCAUAAUGGCAGCCCAGAUCUUCUCCCAGGAUGGAUUCAUGUAUAAGGGGGUUCCCCUUUCAGAUGUUUUGAUGGCCAAGUUUCGGGUAGUCUGCCCAGCCCUAUGGGGCUUCACCGGCAAUGAUAAGACGGAUUCAGGUCGUCGUGCUCUAGGCUGGUGGCGUGAAGAAGCCGGCGGUCCUUUCAUCAGCGAACAAGCACACCUGGAUCGCAUGACUGCCCUGGGAUCCGGAUAUGCAGCCAUCACCUUGCGUAACUUCGGCAAAACAGCCCGCAAAAAUCCCUUUCCAAAUACCAUGUUCUGGGACUCUAUCACGAAGAUCCUGGCCAUCCCAUCAUCAGAUUUGCAAGAGACCCAGAUCAUCCUACUGGGCUCGCUCCUCCGCUCCUCCCCAGAGCGAAUCCUAGGAUUCUUCGGCCAAAUCGGCCUAGUCCUCAUGCGCAAAGCUCUGGUUGACCUCCCCGCAUCAGCCCCUAAGCAAACGGUAGCAGUAAUCCAACUCACGGCGCUGAGGGAGACACUUCGCCGGGAGAAGAACAUUUUGCUGUGA